UGUUUUUUUAUUUUCAUUUUUUAUUCCAUUAUAAUCACGAUCUUUUAUUUGUCUUUUCUUUUUUCUUUUGCAUCGAAAGCAUUAGCGAACUUGCAAACGAGGGUGUAAUAACCAAGUUUUAAAACUUCCAAUGAAACGAUAGUAGUUUUUUUUAUUACCGUUCUUAUUACUUUCAAUAAUAAAGUUGAGGAAAAGUCAUGGUCAGUAUUUGUCGAACUAAAACACGAUCUGGCAAAAGUGAUAAUCGAGAAUAUUCAAUAAGAAAAUGUCGAGAUUCUUCACCGACGACUUUCCUCGUUGUUUCUCUCUUCUUUCUUUUUUUUUUUGGUCCACUUAACCGAUAUCUUUGAUAGCUUUUUUCUCUUCGUUGUCGACCGAGCUCUCGUCUUUUUCUUCUCCUUCUUCUUCUUCUUCUUCUUUUUCUUCUUCUUCUUCUUCUACUUUGAAAUAUUCAAACAGUAGGUUUACCUCCGCCAACAAGAAAUACCUUUAAAACAAUCACUUUCUAAUGGCUUCUGUUUAUCGGGAAAAUAUUUUAUUCAAAUAAUUUUAAUCUAUAUAUAUUUUAGAUAAAUGAUUAAUAUUUAUAAUCAAAUAUUGACAUAUGAUUAUACAAUAAAUAAUAUUUAUAUUAAACAAAUACGAUUUAUAUAUCGAUACACAAAGUAUCCAAUUGGCUGGUAAAACCUUUGACACCAUGCAUACAUACCGAUCAUUUAUUUAACAAAAUACAUUUUAUUAAAUAACGAAAACUCUAAUCGAAUAAAUAUAUUUUCCUUUUUAAUUACUCGAUUUCUUGUAGGUAAUCGAGAAGAUUAAGAAAGCUCGUUAAUUCGUCGUUUAUCUAAAGACUGUGGAGGCUUCGUUGGAAGAGGGGUAUCCUGAAAUUCAGCGAGUGAUCAGUUUGUUGUCCAAGCAAAACUUUGACGCAUUAUCGAAAACGAUUAGCCAACGUUGGAUAUUCAGUAUCUUUAGAAAAUGACUGCGCGCGCAUUCGUGACGUUGUACGCAUGCGUAACGCCGAUCUCAGCUCAGUAUACAGCGCAAGUCAAUCGUUGUAGUGCCGGUAGCAACAUGUCACGCGUGAUUUUUAUUCAUCUAAUUAUAUACAGUUGUAUGGAUUCCAUUAGCGAAGGGAAAGGAUAUAUUGCAGAUCGGAAGAGAAGAUGACGUUUAUAAAUAAUCCAUCGCAGCUGUCUUUAUCUACAUAUGUAUAUCACAACGUAUUACAAUGGACCGUUCCUGGUUCGCAGUGUACCUGACUCUAGGUUGUCUCGUUGCCGGAGUACUACCACAGUAUAGAGAGAAAAAUACCAGCACGGCCGAGAACGAUGCGGUUCAAGCCCUCCUGGCCAGAUACCUGCAGAAACGUCUCCAAGGUACUCAACUGUCGACCCUACCGCCACCGGCAGUCAUCUUCAACUCUCAUCAUCGGGCAAAAAUUCGUCAGGCCGGUGCUAACCAAAAAACCACGAACACCGCCGGAUUAACUCGCUACAAGGAUAAUAGGAAGCAGAAAGAGGACUACGUGGACGAUGAUUACGUGGAUGAUCUUCAAGGAUUCGAGGACAGCAAUAAGAGCAGGACUCGAAUCGAUCUUCUUGCUGAUGACUGUCCAAAUUGCGUCGACGAACAGAGCAACACCUUGAGCACUUCGAGAUGGACGAUGCCGUUGCUGAAACUUGGGGAGAAACGAUAUUACCUGGGUAUUUUUUUCAAGGCAAACUGGUACAGAGCAUCGCAGUACUGUCGUUAUCACGGUAUGCACUUGGCUAGCAUAGCAUCGCAAGAGGAAAACGAUAGACUGGAGAAGCACAUCAAAGAUUUUGGCCUUGGGCACGAACAUUUCUGGACGUCUGGUACCGAUCAAGCGGAAGAAGGAACCUUCUUUUGGAUGGCCAAUGGUCGGCCAAUCACGUUCGAAAAUUGGAACGUCGGCGAACCGAACAAUUUUCGAUACGAGAACGGCGAGGAGGAACACUGUUUGGAAUUGUGGAAUAGGGACGGUAAGGGGUUGAAAUGGAACGACAGUCCUUGCAGCUUCGAAACUUUCUUCGUCUGUGAAGUGCAAUGAGAGAGAGAGAGAGAGAGAGAGAAGAUGAGCUCGUCGUAACAUGAGCGAUAACAACCCACACACGCUCGUUCCCUGUAUACAAAUAUUACACGCGCACCAUGUACACACAUAAACGACACAUGUUAAACGGGUAAGAAGGACGAAUAGGAUAGACGUCGAGGAGACGUCGAAAAUGGAAGUAGGAAGGAUGGAAAGAAGGAGAAGUCUGUCAGGCAAUUUUCAAACCCUCCUCCGAGUUAACCCGGUGCCAAAGGUUUUCCCACGAAUGUGUGUAGUCGGUCCUUCAUCGAUCACUUUGGUUUCGUUUACGUGAGACGCGAGGCUUGGGCUUCUCGAAGGGAAGGAGAACGAGUGGAACGGGCUUUUCCAACGAAAUCUAUGGAGAAGAAAAGAGUUUCCGAAUUGACCGAAAAAACAAAAACAAAAAACACACAGGAUGGAGUAUUUUAUUGUCAACGCCGUGCCAGGGAAGUUCUUAUCGUGUAUUUUUGUGUUUUCACGUGUUCAACGAUCCGUGUGUGUGUGUGUGUACGUGUGUGUGUAUGUAUGUGUAAAGAAAAAAGUGCGUGCAUGUCUCGUUGGUUUUAUUUUAUUCUGUUUUUUUUUUUUUUUUAAUUAUUAUUAUCACAAGGUUAUUUCAUUGACUCCACUUUUUAUACGAAGGACCUUCGAAGAAGAACAUUAAAGUUAGACGAACUAUGAGAGAGAAGAAGAAAAAGGAAGAAACUAAUCGGGCAAUAGCGGCCACUCAUCGGUUCGACGUUUCGAGUUAUCGAGUUAUAAUUGAAAAACAAAAAAGUUUAUUUCAAGUGGAAGCAAAGUUUCCUGCUGGACGCGAAGCGAGACGCGUCGGCGACGGUCACGGUUACAUUAUUUUACACGUUUCUUUCUUUUUUUUUUUUAGUUAUCCUACAUACCGCUUUUUUUUGUUUUCCUAUUGUCUUUAAUUAAGGUGAAAUCGUCGAAAGAAUAGAUGACGAUUACGAUGAUUAUUGUUCUUUCGGGAAGAGAACAUGCUGGGAAGCGUUUUAUGUACAUACGAAAUAGAUACAUGCGAAUGGAUAGAUA